AUGUCUAACGCCAUUGUGUCGAAUGUAUACCGCUACGUUAUUGAUGAUGUGAUCAACCAAGUUCGUGGUGAAUUUGAAGAUAUGGGCAUUGACGAGGCUGUAUUGCAAGAGCUUCAACGGUCUUGGGAAAUCAAGGUGGCUCGAUCUCGUGUGGCAAACUUUGGCGUGGGCGAUGAAAAUUACUAUGACGACGAGAAUGAGGAACAACAUGGCAAUGCUGCAGCUGGUGCCGCUGGCAAUACGAACAACAGUGGACUCAACUUGCCAGGUGCUGCCGAUGGUAUGCCGCAUCUACAAUAUCCACCCAAUGCUUAUACUGCUGCUGCUGCUAGUCUGCCAACAUUAGCUGCUGGAGCUGGAAUCAGACCCCAUAUUCCUCCACCACAUCCUGUACAACCACAGCAACAGCAACCACAGCAACAACAACAGCAAUCAACAGAUCCAUAUCAUCUUGCCAACCGCACAGCAAGCGAUGCAACUAGUAAUAACAAUGGCCAGUAUCACUUGAUGAAUCCUCCUACAUCAUCACAAGCUCCCAAGGGUCCUGAUCUACAGCUUCCAGGUGGUCCACGUCCCAAUAUUCCGCAAAACGAUGGCUGUGCCGAUUCUGAAUUCACUACAAAACAAAUCGAUGCCCACAUUGAAGAUAUUUGCGCAGGACGAGCAUCACAAUUGGAGUUCUCGGCGACAUCAUCUACUGGUGAAGCAGUACCAUUGACGUCACUCCCUGGCGACAUAAAGCAACUUAUGCGCGAUGCUCGAGAUCGUGCAAUCAAAGCUGGCGCUAUCAGUUCAAAAGCACGUAUCCCACAAUUAGACGGCGAAGGUGAAGGAGGGGAUGAUGAUAUCAAUUCGGAUUUGGAUGAUUCGGACGAUGCUGAUGAUGACGCAGAAGGUGCUGAAGAGAUUGAACACAUCAUAUUGUGCUUGUAUGAUAAGGUCACCCGUACCAAGAACAAGUGGAAGUGUGUUCUCAAGGAUGGUAUCAUGUUGGUGAAUGGACGUGAUUAUCUUUUCCAUCGUGCCAAUGGUGACUUUGAGUGGUAA